AUCCCAUACUCUUUUUUUGAACUUUUUGGCUUGUUUUUAUCUAUUUUGUUGUAUCAUUAAGAAUUGAGUUUAAAUUCUAGAGAGACAUACCAUUUGUCCAAAAGUAUCAAGCAUUGGAUGUAAAGUGGACAACCUAUUCGGUACUGAAACAAUAUAUGUAGCAUGUAUGAAGCUGAAUCAUGCUUAUAACACUGAAGAGCACAGUAACUUCCAUAAUGCAAGUAGUAGCUGCAAUCUUCCAGGAUUUUUUAUAAAUAAAUCAGCAACAUGCCACUCACCUAAGUUGUCUUUUCAGCGUAUCCUACCAUGCGCCAACGAGGCAAGUGGUAGUGUAUCCUAAAAAUCCCCUUUUCCUGAAGGUGUAAACACAUGUAGCAACUGAUCGUGUGCAUUAGAAUGCACUGUUUGAUAAUUACUCUCUUGGGCCCUGCUUGCUAACUUUGUAAAAAUAUGCGACUGGCUACCCUUCAACAACUGCAAGUCACCUGGGGACUGUUUGGUUUCCAGCCAAAUGUUGCCAGACCUAUGGUUAGGCACACAUAAUUUCUGAGGUGAGUGAGUGUUCGGUUGGCUGACACAGUUGUGGCUUGCGACUUUACUGGUCACAUGAUUAAGGAGUAUAUUUUGGCCACACUUUUGUGGCAAGCCACACUCUGUCCCGAGGGGUAAUAAUUACUACUUUUGGCUUAGUUGUGGCAAAGUAAGCUUUUAACCAAACUAGGGUGUUAAUUUGGUCUUAAGUUUCAAUCUAGUAUUGUAGAUCAUCACAUAUGUUCUCUGUUUCUUGUUCAAUGAUGUCUUAUCUGACUCGUUAAUCAGUCCAACUUAAUAUCUUUUUUCCUGUUUUCCUUAGAACAAAUAGAUAUGACAUGUAUGCAUUGCAGCCCACUAAUUAUUUAGAUUGCAUUGCAAACGCCCUUUUAUACAUGCUUUUCAUUAUUCAUUCAGGUGGCUGCACAUAUCCUCCAGGUUUCUGUAAUUGGGAAGGAGUGUAUUUCCAGUAUGGUGAUAACUGUAUAUAUAAUAAUACUGACUGUGAUCAUUGGCCUUUUUUUUACCUUCUGUUGUACCUUGAUUUUUGUAUAUGGUGCUUACCUGAGAUGCUCACAAGAUCAUCAAUAACAUGAUGAUAUAAAGCAGGGAAAUUAACACAGUUGUUUUUUAAAGCACCCUAUUAUAUGGUUUUUAUGCUCAGUUUGGAUACUUAGAUAGUCCAACAAUCUUAGUAGUUUUGCAGAAGGAAAGAAGUCCCUACAGCGAUUAGAAAGAGUAAAUAUUUCUAGAUAAUUGAAGGCCCUGCAGAUAUAAUAUCAAUCAUGUGUCCUGUUUUAUAUUUUUGUUUGUUCAUGUGGUGUGUGUUUCCUUUCGAUGUAGCCAGAGUUGGGAUUAGGGGGAGAAAGAUGGCAGCUUAUGUGCAAUUGUAUUGAACUGAGUGGCGUCUUUGCGUACUAGUUAAACCUACAAUGGCACAUUUCUUUUGAUGUUUUUCAAUUCAAUGUUGAUGAAAUAUUUUAGGAUCCAAUCAUUGAAUUAAAAUAUCUAUGUAUUCCAUGCUUUUCUUGCAAAACGAUUUAAAUCAACUUUCAUCUCUUAAAUAACAUAUGUAAAGUUAUACACUGACAUAUGUUUUUUUGUUUCAUUACUUCGGCAUAUCAAAGGGCGAUGGAUCGAGGUUGGAUGAGUCAACCAAGAGCUAGUGCUGCUUACAAAGAUGGUGUCGAGCAAUUUCUGUCUUUUGCAUUCCAUGAUGUUCCGGCUGGUGAUAGAAUUCUCUGUCCUUGUGUAAAUUGCCGAAAUAAAGCUAUGCAGAGUUAUGAUGGAGUGAAAACUCACUUGAGAUGUGAUGGUAUUCUUCAAGGUUACACUAAGUGGGUUUGCCAUGGAGAGGAUUAUAGUGAACCAUCAUUUGCAUUUGCUCAUGUAUCAUAUAACAGUGGCAAUCUUUCUAUUCCUGGCAUCCCAAGGAAUGUUGUUGGAGAAGGCAACCAUGGAAGGUUGGAUGACAUGCCAGGACUAUUAAGUGCUGUCUUUGCUAUGGCUAACAGUUGUGAAUCUUUAUCAAGCACAUCUGAUGGUGAAUUAUAUGGCGUUGAAUUUGAGAAUAUGGUACCUAAUUCAGUUGAGGAUGAGAAUGCAGAUGCUCAAACAAGGAAGAAACCUGAUACAUAUGCAAGCUUCUUGGAGGAUGCAAACACGGAGUUAUACCCUGGAUGUAAAGCAUUUUCUAAGUUGUCAUUUCUCAUCACCUUGUAUCACAUGAAAUGCUUACAUGGAUGGUCACAAGAAUCAUUUACAACGCUACUUGGUGUUUUGUCUGAUGCACUUCCACAGGCACAACUACCAAAGAAGUACUAUGAGGUACAAAAAAUCAUCCAUGGCUUAGGCCUUGACUACGAGAAAAUUCAUGCAUGCCCCAAUGAUUGCAUGCUUUUCCGAGGUGAACGAGCUGAUCAAGAGUCUUGCCAUGUGUGUGGCAGCUCACGUUUGGUUACAAAUGAGAAGAAAGACUCCCAAGCUGAAUCUGUAUCUAAGCAGAAGAAGAAACCAACCAAGGUGUUGCGUUACUUUCCUUUGAUACCGAGGAUUCAAAGGCUCUUUGCAACAACAAAAACAUCAGAUGACAUGCCUUGGCACGAUGAGGGUCGUACCAAAGAUGGAAAGAUACGACAUCCAGCUGAUGGCGAGUGUUGGAAAGAUCUUGAUGCUAGAUACCCCAGUUUUGCUGCUGAUCCUCGUAAUCCGCGCCUUGGCAUUUCGAGUGAUGGAUUUAACCCUUUUCGGAGUAUGAGUUCAAAACAUAGUACUUGGCCAGUGAUGCUUAACCCCAGUUUUGUUGGAUAUUGAUUCUAAAACAAAGGAUGGCCUUAAUGCACGUCUUGAUUUGGAAGAAAUUGGUGAAAAUGGAAUUCGACAUAAUCUUCAUCCUGCUGUAGAUGAUAAUGGAAAAAUAGUAUUGCCUGAUGCACCAUUUACUAUGUAUAGAAAACAGCAAGAAAUACUUUGUUCAGUGAUGCACAAUAUUAGGACCUCCGAUGGAUAUGCAUCAAAUUUUUCUAGGCAUGUCAACAUGAAAGAUUGUACAAUCUCAGAUCUCAAAAGUCAUGAUUGUCAUGUUAUUCUGGAAGAUAUUCUUCCUCUAGCACUUCGAUCCUGUUACCCACACAAAGAGGUCAUGGAAAUAGUUAUCGGGCUGUCUAAUUUCUUCAAGAAACUAUGCUCGAAAGUGUUAGAUGUCUCUGAGCUUGACGAACUUCAAGAGAGUAUUGUGAUGACACUUUGCAAUAUGGAGAGAAUUUUUCUUCCAUCAUUCUUUACUAUCAUGGUGCAUCUAAUGGUGCACUUGGUUGAAGAAGUUAAACUUGGUGGUCCAGUGCACUAUCGGUGGAUGUACCCCCUAGAGAGAUCAUUUGUUCGGCUGAAAGCACUUGUGCGCAAUAGAGCAUUUCCUGAAGGUUCAAUUGCUGAAGGGUAUCUUGCCCAAGAAUGCUUGGCCUUUUGUUCAAGAUUUCUAGAAAGAACUACACGUUUUACAAGACCAUCAAGAAACCCCGAUCCUUCAGACAAGAUAAAAGAUUUGUACAUGUUCCAUAGUGCUGGUGAGCCAAUUGGAAAGGCUGUCCCAGUUGGGCAGUUUAAUAGCCGGCUUCUUAUUCAAGCGCAUCGAUAUGUCUUGCGACAUUGUGAUGAGCUUGCAGAUUUCCGCAAUGAAUUUGUGGCCGAAGAGAAUAGCAAACGAUGUGACUCAGCUAAUUUGACAGAAGCUGAUACCACUAAGUUAAUUAAUGAACACUUUGCUGACUGGUUGGAACAAAAGGUUUUACAAAGCGAUGGAUCAACUAUUACAGAAAAGGUAAGAGCUUUGGCUGCAAAACCCAACAGAUACGGGGUGCGCUACAGUGGCUAUGUCAUCAACGGCUUCAGGUUCCACACGAUGAGUCAUGAGUCAGGGCAUGUCACACAAAAUAGUGGUGUAGUGAACAUUGCAGAAAAUGGUGUUAGAUAUUAUGGCAGAUUAAGUGACAUCUUUGAAUUGUCAUACAAUGAUUACAAGGUGGUGUUCUUUAAUUGUGAUUGGUACGAUGUCUACCACAAAGUUGGCAUUCAAACGGAUGAGUUUGGGUUCACUCUUGUGAACAAAUCUCGGAAAAUACACACAGGAGAUGAGCUAGAUGAUAAUCCUUUUGUAUUUUCCUCCCAAGUGCAGCAGGUUUUCUACGUUCAAGACCCAAAAGCUGAACUAUGGAAUGUAGUAGUGGAAGUCAGGCCUCGUGAUCUUUUUGACAUGGUUGUUGAGGAAUCAUCGGAUGAAACAGAUUAGAGCAUUGUGCUUUUGGUUCAGGAUGAAGUAUGGUGGAAGCUCUUUGCUGGUGUGGUUCUUUGCAUGCAACUACAAUUUUAGUUAUGGUUUUGGUAGCGGUUUACAAGCACAAAGUCAGAAUGCUUUAUUAUAGUUUGUGGUUGUAUUUUUUUCGUACUAAUUCAGGGCACAGCCCAAGUGUACUUGGUUGUGAAUUGCAAGUUGAUUCUGUAGAAUUUCUGUUCUGGAAAUUAAGUAUCACAUUUGGUUUAUUGAUUA